UCCUUCCCUUUGCUCCCAGGAAUAAAGCAGAAAAGAGUUGUGGUAUCAAUACGCUGAGAUCGAGACCGUAACUUGUUGGUGCAGAUCGUAGAAGAUCAUGAUGGGUCCACAGGCUGUAUUGGGAGGUCGCGUGUGUGUGGCUGUCUUCCUUUUGGCGCUAACUCUGAUGACGUCAGCCCCGGCAAAUGGCAAAGCGAUAUUGGGCAAUCCUGCUUUCGGACCAAUGUUAAAUCUGUCUCGAUUGGGUCACCUGUCGGAAACUCCUGGCGUCCAGGAGAAUACGUUGGACGAAAAUUCUGAUUCGAAAAAGACCUAUGGACCUACCUUGGUGUACCGGGAGCUGUUUUCUGAAGAUGCUAUCCCAUACUCUGGCGUUGGCCCUCUGGUAUACCAAGGCUCGGGAGUAACAGAUGACGACAGUGGACAAGACAAUUUCAUUGUUGGCGGUGGCACGGCGUCCAUCUCCAACUAUGCUUACCAAGUUGCACUACUGGUACGGAAUAACGGCAAAUACUAUCAGAUCUGUGGGGCAGCCCUUGUGGGCAAGAGGAAAGUCCUCACUGCGGCUCACUGCGUUGAUCAGAGUCGGACGUAUUACGUCAUGAUGGGGGUGUCAGAUCUCAGGGACUCGAAUAACCAGUACCUACAGUUUAUUCAAGUGUCCCGGAAAGAAAUCCACAGCAGUUACCGUACCUACCAAGACUACGACAUAGCAAUGCUCACUCUGUCCUCCUCUGCCCGACUCAACAGCAGGACUCGGAUUGUGUCUCUGGGCUUUUAUAUAGACACCCUUCCUACCAAACAAUGCGAUCUCUCUGGCUGGGGACGUACCAGAAGCGGUUAG